UCCAGUCGGUGUUACGUCACUGAGUGUCAUGGCGGCCCCCGUGGCGCUGAUCCAAGGGGCCAGCAGAGGACUGGGGCUCCAGUUCUGCAAACAUAUCCUAAAACAUAGAACCACCGCUGUCGUCAUAGCGACAUGCCGGAACCCGGAGCACGCGACCGAGCUGCGGGACCUGACCGAGCGACACCCGGGCAACAGACUGACGGUCCUCCGGCUGGACGUGAACCGGGAGGAGGACGUGCGCAGAGCCGCGGACCGGGUCAAGGAGAGCUUCGGUCGGCUGGACCUCAUCGUCAACUCCUCGGCCGUGCUUCACCCGUCCGGUAAAGGAGAGACCAGCCUGAGGGACGUCACCGCUCAGGGCGUUAUUUCCACUCUGACCACCAACACCGUGGGUCCUCUGGUCAUGGCCAAGUAUUUCGCCCCCCUCCUCCAGAAGGGUGGCGGUGGUUUCGGUCAACAGCCCGCAGAGAAAGCCAAGCAGCACAGCGGCAUCAUCGUCAACAUCACCGCCAAAGUGGGAUCCAUCGGAGACAAUGGUCUGGGUGGUUGGUACAGCUACAGAAUGUCUAAAGCAGCUCUCAACAUGGCCACCAGGAACCUGUCCAUAGAGCUGGGCCGCAGUCGACCCAAGGUGGUGUGUGUGUCCUUACAUCCGGGGACGGUGGACACGGACCUCUCGCGUCCGUAUCACAGGAACGUACCGAAGGACAAGCUGUUUGCCGCCGAGCUCUCCGUGAGCCACCUGAUGAGCAUCGUGGACUCUCUGAACAUGGAGAGGACCGGCAGGGCCUUCAACUGGGACGGGACCGAGCUCCCGUGGUAGAAUGCAAGGAACAGAGAGAAGAGAAGAAGAGAGGCCGUGAACAAACAAAAGAACUACCUCAGUCAGAAGAACUACCUCACAGCCACCUCCAAGGUUUCUGUUGAUGAUGACACCAUCGCCUUGUGAGGAUUUGAUGCUAAUGAUGUCAUGUAGCACAGAGAGAGACUUUGUGCUUUGUGUUCUCAUCCGACUCUCUCCCACAAAGUUAUCUAAAGUUUAGUUUAUUUUGCACAAACAUAACAGAGAUAAAUAAUAUCAAGAGUGCAGGAGGAGAAUAUGAUGUAUAAUAACAAUACAUUAUCAUAAAAAGAAAGAAACGGUGAUCGUGUGUGUGUGUGUGUGUGUGUGUGAUAAGAUAAAAGGCUGUUAGACUGUAACAACUUCAAAGGGUUUUAUUCAGUGGCGGCUGGUCAAUAGAGGGCGCUAGGGCAC